GUUUUUCAGUUCUUAUUAAAAUUACUAAAUUCUAAAUUAUAUUAAACAUUGAUUUAAGCGAACAAUCGAUGGAUUCAAUGGUUUGGGAUCGAGAGGAGAGGCAAACAAUUAGUGAAUAGCAAACGUCACAAUUGGUCCACAACUAAAGCCAUUAUCAACGAUGAAUUGGAGGCCAUUAGAAGUUCCGGUGUCUGGAAAGCGGAACGAAUUAUCACUUCGAAACAGGACUCGCAUAUUAGUGUCGAGGGAAGGACUCAACAAGUGAUCAACUUUUGUGCCAAUAAUUAUCUCGGAUUAUCUAGUAAUGCGGAAGUGAUCAGCGCCGGGAAGGAUGCGCUCGACAAAUAUGGUUCGGGUUUGAGUUCCGUCCGCUUUAUUUGCGGCACUCAAGACAUACACAAAGCACUUGAGGCCAAAAUCGCCAAAUUUCACGGCCGAGAGGACGCCAUUCUGUACGCCAGUUGUUUCGACGCAAACGCCGGACUCUUCGAAGCGCUCCUAUCGGCUGAAGACGCCAUCAUUUCCGAUGAGUUAAACCACGCGUCCAUUAUUGAUGGCAUCCGAUUGAGUAAAGC